CUUGCACCAAUUCUGAUCGGCUGCUGGUUGCUGGAAAAAUCUACCUUUUGACCUUUUUGUAAAGCUCAUCAGCUUCCCCAAUUCUCUCCCUCUCCACUUUCCCAUCUUCUUCAUCCAAAUUAAUUAGAGAGGGAGGGAGAGAGAGAGAGAGAGAGAGAGAGAGAGAGGGAGUUAAUGGAUGGUGCUAGGGAAAUCUAUUACGAGAAUUACAGCAUGGAGGGGGAGAUCAUCAACUUCGUCAAGGUCUGGUUUUCAGUAAUCGUAUCCCUAACCUACUGCUCCUUCACCGCCAAGCUUCUCCCCAAGGGCCUGCCCCGAUUGCUCGCAUUUCUUCCGGUGAUCUGCCUCUUCCUGGCCCUCCCUUUCAAUCUCCACUCCAUGCAUCUCGGCGGCAUGACCGUCUUCUUCCUCGUAUGGCUCGCCAACUUCAAGCUCCUCCUCUUCGCCUUCCACAGGGGCCCCCUCUCCGACGCCUCUCUCUCUCUCCCCCAAUUCAUCGCUAUUGGUUGCCUCCCCAUCAAGCUCCAAGAAAAAGUACCCGGAAACAAUCGCACCCGAAAAGCCCAUAAAUCUCUCUGGAACUACGCCAUAAAGGCCCUUCUCAUCGCCUUGUUUCUGCGUGUCUACGAUUACGGCGACCAGAUUCAUCACAAGAUCAUACUGGUUGUGUAUUGCUUACACAUAUACUUGAUGCUGGAGCUUAUGCUGGCCGUCGUGGCGGCUCUGGCCCGAGCCACGCUGGGAUCGGAGCUGGAGCCGCAGUUCAACGAGCCGUACCUCUCGACGUCGCUGCAAGACUUCUGGGGGAGGCGGUGGAACCUGAUGGUGACGCGCACGCUGCGGCCGACCGUGUACGAGCCAGUGCUGGGGGUGGCGGCGCGGCUCGUGGGGCGGGAGUGGGCUAUGGUGCCUGCCGUGCUGAGCACGUUCGCGGUGUCGGCCCUGAUGCACGAGCUGAUAUUCUUCUACCUGGGCCGGACGAGGCCCACUUGGGAGAUCACGUGGUUCUUCCUGCUCCACGGGGCGUGCCUGGUGGCGGAGAACGGGGUGAAGAAGGCAGCGAGGGGGAGGUGGGGGCUCCCGAGGGUGGUGGCGACCCCGCUGACGCUGGGGUUCGUGGUGGGGACGGGGUUUUGGCUGUUCUUCCCGCAGCUGCUGCGGUGCAAGGCCGACGUGCGGGCAUUUGAAGAGUACGCGAUGGCGUGGGCGUUUCUCAAGGGGACUCUACCGCUGCCACGUUUCAACGUCUCUACCUCAUCCUCCUCCGCCGCCACGGCGGCUUAAAGGACUUUCCAGAUUCCAAUUCCAUUACAAUCUCAUCCUCCCCCCCACCUUACUUUUUUGCGUCAGAGAGAGAUGGAGGUAUCCAAUUGUCCCUCCAAAUCCAAUUUGGCGUUCUUCAAUUUCAAUUUCUUCUCUUCUUUUUCUUUCUUUUUUUUAUUUAAAUCUCCAUUCAAUAGCAAAAUAGUAUUCUAGUUCUAGUCAGACAACUACAACUAUUAUUAUUAAGUGUGAUUGGCUUUAAGAAGGCAGUUUCGGAUUGACUGAAUUUAAAAAUGAUGUUACUUUUUUAAUUUAAAAUUUAUUCUAAUAAUAUAUAAAUUAUACAAAAAUGUUAGUUUA